AUGGCCCGUCGUGCAAGCUGGAUACCGUUCAAGAUCGGGCAGCCCAAGAAACAGAUUGUACCCAAGACAGUGGAGAGAGACUUUGAAAGGGAGUAUGGAAAGCUUCAGCAAUUGGAAGAUCAGACCAAAAAACUUCAGAAGGAUAUGAAGAAAAGCACAGAUGCAGACUUGGCCAUGUCCAAGUCAGCUGUCAAAAUCUCGUCGGACCUGCUGUCUAACCCCCUGUGCGAGCAGGAGCCCGGCUUCCUGGAGAUGGUCACGGCCUUCGACACGGCGAUGAAGAGGAUGGACUCCUUCAACCAGGAGAAGGUGAAUCAGAUCCAGAAGACAGUCAUAGAGCCUCUGAAAAAAGGAGGAAGCGUGUUCCCCAGCCUGAACAUGGCGGUGAAGAGACGGGAGCAGACACUGCAGGACUACAAGCGCCUGCAGUCCAAGGUGGAGAAAUAGGAGGAGAAGGAGAGGACCGGCCCCGUCCUCGCCAAGCUGCACCAGGCCCGUGAAGAGCUGAGGCCGGUGAAGGAGGACUUUGAAGCCAAAAACAAGCAGCUCCUGGAGGAAAUGCCCAAGUUUUAUAGCAGCCGCAUUGAUUACUUCAAACCCAGCUUUGAGUCGCUGGUCCGGGCGCAG